GAGAUGGUUUUAGGGAGGGGAUUACAUCUCCAGACUUACUGGUGCCAGGAGUUAAUGGGUUCACUCAAGGCCGAUUGAGACGUCUUCAUUACCACACUUGUGAAAACUGAAGGGGUGGAGAUCAGGACAGGGGAGGAUGUUUCCUUUGAUCCGGGCCAAGUGAAUUGUAAAUGAGCUGGGAUUAGCCCUAUAAAUACUUGAGCCUCAUGCUGGAGGUGUUGAUCAGUGAACCCAAAGCCACGCUUAUCAGAACACAAACACAGACCUGACUCGCUCAGUCACAGGACUUGACUUCUGGAAACUCACCCCAAAGAAGAACAACUGCCUUACCUUGCUUCAUACCGGAUAUUUGUCUUUUCUUUGCUGGAUUUGGACACGUUGUCUGCGAUGAAGGGGCAUUUUUCCAUCGAGUGGCUCUCUCAGAGCAGCCAGGCCUUGUGCAGCUCGCCAUCCACACGUCCCUCGAACUCUUGGGACGGCCCGAGCACCUCCGGCACGGCAUCCGAGAGCCUUCCCGGCUUCUACGGCAGAUGGAGACCGGAAAACGCGGAGGCUCAGGAGAAACGUGUGGAGCCAGCGCGGCCGGGAAACAGUUCGCUGUGUGCAUCUACGCAAGAGACAAAUGACAACAAGAUCAUCCAGCAACACACUCACGCUUCAGAGGCAGGUUUCAGCAGCAGCACGGAGGAGGAGGAGACGUCCGGGUACGAGAGCGAGGGGGGCCGUUCUCUCUCACCUGGGGCCCUCAAAGAACCGGCUCCAUCCGCAUCUCCCUCUACUGGCCGCAGACCCCGAACAGCGUUCACCGCCGAGCAGAUCAACAGUCUGGAGAAAGCCUUCAAGAGGAACGCUUAUCUGGGAGCCCAGGACAAAGCUGAGCUCUGCAAAAGACUCAAUCUGUCUGAUAAACAGAUCAGAAACUGGUUCCAGAACCGACGCAUGAAGCUGAAACGGACCGUUCAGGACAGCCUGGCUCACGCAUGCCAGGCUAAAGUGGCCUCGCAUAUGAUGCAUUACUCCGACCUGCACGGUUUCCGAGCCGCUCCGUAUCCCAGCUUCUACGCGGGGGUCCAGGAGAGCGCGACACCUUACGGCUCCGGGUUCCACUACGGUCCUGCUGCCGCUUCCGGAGGCCUGCCGAGCCUGCCUGUGGACGCCCUGUAUCAGUACAGCCAAAUACAGAGCCUUCCCGUCCAUCCCAGCAACCCCUCCAUGAUGACCCCGUACCCACCGUACCACUCUCACUACUACAGCACACAGUGAGAGGAGAGGCCGCCAGCAAACCCGCCAUUUCUGCCUGUCACUGUUAGUCAAGGCUUUGUUUACAUCUUUGCAUUUGUGAAUACAGGGUGAAGUGCAAUAACAAAUGUGAUUUUUUUUGUUUGUUUUGAAGAAUUAUUUAAAUAUGUUUGUAAAUCUUGAAAAAUGUCUAUGUGUACAAGAGGAGUGUAUAAAUAAAUCGUUUUCUAUUUGAGAAAA